ACGGUCGUCCUCUUCAACGCUAUCUGGAGCGUUUAGGAAGGUGAAGCACUAGGAGCAAGCUGCAGGUGGAUAAUGUCAUUAGAGCAAAGUACGCAGGCCGAGGUGCAGGCACCCGCGUCCAGUGCGCGCAAGAUAUUGCGGCGGGUGAGCAGGUCUCUCCUUAAUUUGAAGAAGAUUACUCAUCAGCCUCAUAAACGCAUAACGCUGGACUACGACGCGAUCGCGCAGGCCAUGGAAUAUCUUGCCCUACCAGAUCUGUUGCGGACAAUGGCGACUUGUCGGCCUCUAUACGAUCUCGGCAUUCCGAUCCUUCUCCGAGACGUUCGAUUCGUCCGCGUACGAGGCAAUUACCAGCCCCGUUUCCUUUUAUACCAGAAGCACUUCCUAAACAAUCCCGUCCGUUUUGCCUGGGUUCAGAGCCUUGUCUGUCCCUCUAUCGCCUUGGACGACCGUAUUUCCACCCAAUUCCUUGCUAUGCCUCGCAACUUUACAUCCCUUCGGGCGCUCGACAUCGAUAUAAAUGGGGCGAAGGUUGACGGCUAUCUCUCUCGUUGGAUACUGUCGUUGGAACGCCUCCGAGAGCUGAAGAUACAAAACGUGGGUGCCCAUUCGAAGCAACAAAUGAUCCUUGUUCGACGUAUGAGCUCCAGGCUAACGGUCUUGCACAUUUCCACGACUCGCUUUAUGAGGGCACAGUCCCGGUUCUAUCCUCUGCGCGCUUUAGCGAACUCACUUUACUCCUUGUCCUUCGAAUGCUCCCAUACCGAAGGUGGGCCAGCUAUUUCACACAACAACAACCUGUCCUUUCCGGCAGUGCAGGAGCUGACUUGGAUCUCUGCGGAAGUCGUACUCGCUGGCACCCUCAUCUCCGUCUUUCCUGGACUCCGCCGACUUAACAUUGGGAACCCUAUGCUGGAGAGCGAACGUGCCAUGACUGAUCGGGAUAUCCCAGCAGAUGCAAUGCUCAGUCUGCGCUUGCACAAUCGCAGCAUGCAACACUGUUGCCGUGCGCGGUGGGAGUCGCUUGAUGUCCUCCGGGGCAGCCCUGUUACGCUCUGGACACUUGGAUUGCGGUGCCAGGCUGCCCGGCUUGAAACACAUCUGUUCAAUGGGUUCGAGAAGCCAGGAUAUACCCUCGCCAUCCUUCAUGAUGCCUGGCCGGAGCACCUCGUGUUGGGGGUAUCCACGAAGGGUGACGUGCCCCUCGAUCGAGUCCUGGACUUCCCCUCUUUGCGCGUCGUCGAACUUACCUUCACCAUGGGGGACAGCGAAGACACAACGGAAAUUAUCGCCAUAAUGCAAGACGCUUUUAACCAGAUGUAUAGACCCUGUUUACGUCGACUGACAAUCACUGUUGAGACAUGGCUAACUGUGUUCAACUCUGGCAAGUGGCUCGACUCCCUCCAGGGUCUACCUCAUGGGGAGCCCUUUAUCAAGCGACCGCCGGUAAAACGCGGUUUUCCUGCACGUUGGCGAGCUUGA